GCUCCCAGCGCCCUCCCGCUCUCCCGGCCGCGGUGUCGCCCGCACCACUCCGCCGCUGCUUAUCGGCGACCAUGGCGCACCGGGGAAUCCCGAGCGCCCCGAAGCGUCCUGGCCUCACCUUGCCGGCCCCAGGCUCCCAUGCUCCGCCGCCGCCACGCUGGCCGCGCUUGUGGCCGCUGCCGCUGCCGCUGCCGCUGCUGCUGGUGGUGUUGGUGGCUGCCUGCGGGGCGGCAGGGAGCUCCCUCGAGUCCGGGCUCCUGGGUCCCAGCGUGCAGGUCACCCGGCUGCUGCACGCGGGACCCAUGGUAUCCGGCGAUAUCGAGGAUCCGCAGACACGAGGAUUCGAGCCCAGCGCCCUGGGUCAUGGUCCGGGUCUUGCUUCGGGUCCCAGCGCAGAUGGCGCCCCAGCUCCGGGCAAGGAGCGCAGGGCGCGGGCGGCGCCGGUGGCCGGUUCGGCUUCGCGCGCGCAGGUCUCGCUUAUCAGCACGUCGUUCGUGCUCAAGGGGGACGCGACGCACAACCAGGCAAUGGUGCACUGGACAGGAGAAAACAGCAGCGUCAUCUUGAUCCUGACCAAGUACUACCAUGCAGACAUGGGGAAGGUUCUGGAAAGUUCUCUGUGGCGGUCCUCAGAUUUUGGGACAACCUACACCAAGCUUACUCUCCAGCCUGGCAUCACCACUGUCAUCGACAACUUCUAUAUCUGCCCAGCCAACAAGAGAAAGAUCAUCCUGGUGAGCUCGUCCCUUGGUGACCGGGAACAGAGCCUCUUCCUCAGCACCGAUGAGGGCACCACCUUCCAGAAGUAUCCUGUCCCCUUCCUCGUGGAGACCCUCCUCUUCCACCCAAAGGAGGAGGACAAGGUUCUUGCCUACACCAAAGACAGCAAGCUGUAUGUGUCGUCUGACCUGGGGAAGAAGUGGACACUUCUACAGGAACGGGUGACCAAGGACCACGUGUUCUGGGCUGUGUCUGGGGUGGACACCGACCCCAACCUGGUCCACAUGGAAGCACAGGACCUCAAUGGAGGCUGUCUGUACUUCACCUGCCUGAUCCACAACUGCUCAGCUCAGCCCCACACAGCACCCUUCGCUGGCCCCAUCGACCGUGGCUCCCUGACUGUGCAGGAUGAGUACAUUUUUCUGAAGGCGACAUCAACAAACCGAACCAAAUACUACGUCUCCUAUCGCCGCAGUGACUUCGUCCUGAUGAAGCUGCCCAAGUAUGCCCUGCCCAAGGACCUGCAGAUCAUCAGCACGGAUGAGCAGCAGGUGUUCGUGGCCGUCCAGGAAUGGAACCAAGUGGACACCUACAACCUGUACCAGUCAGACCUGCGCGGAGUACACUACUCUCUGGUACUGGAGAAUGUACGCAGCUCGAGGCAGGCUGAGGAGAACGUGGUCAUCGACAUCCUUGAGGUCAGAGGAGUGAAGGGAGUCUUCUUGGCAAACCAGAAAGUGGACGGCAAGGUGACAACACUCAUAACCUACAACAAGGGCCGUGACUGGGACUACCUGAGGCCACCCAGCACCGACAUGAAUGGGAAGCCCACCAACUGCCAGCCGCCCGACUGCCACCUGCACCUCCACCUGCGCUGGGCAGACAACCCCUACGUGUCAGGCACAGUACACACCAAGGACACUGCCCCUGGCCUCAUCAUGGGUGCAGGUAACCUGGGCUCGCAGCUGGUGGAGUAUAAAGAGGAAAUGUACAUCACAUCUGACUGUGGGCACACCUGGCGGCAGGUCUUCGAGGAAGAACACCAUGUCCUCUACCUGGACCACGGUGGUGUCAUUGCUGCCAUCAAGGAUACCUCCAUCCCCCUGAAGAUCCUCAAGUUCAGCGUGGAUGAGGGCCACACUUGGAGCACACACAACUUCACCAGCACCUCCGUGUUCGUGGACGGGCUGCUGAGCGAGCCAGGGGACGAGACGCUGGUCAUGACGGUCUUUGGCCACAUCAGCUUCCGCUCUGACUGGGAGCUGGUCAAGGUGGACUUCCGGCCCUCCUUCCCCCGGCAGUGUGACGAGAAUGACUAUAGCUCCUGGGACCUCACUGACCUCCAGGGUGAUCACUGCAUCAUGGGCCAGCAGAGAAGUUACCGGAAAAGGAAGUCCACAUCCUGGUGUGUCAAGGGGAGGAGCUUCACGUCGGCACUCACGUCACGUGUGUGCAAGUGCCGGGACUCUGACUUCCUCUGUGACUACGGGUUUGAGCGCUCAUCUUCCUCUGAGUCCACUGUCAACAAGUGCUCCGCUAACUUCUGGUUCAACCCCUUGUCCCCUCCUGAAGACUGUGUCCUGGGCCAGACCUACACCAGUAGCCUUGGGUACCGGAAGGUGGUGUCCAAUGUGUGUGAAGGCGGUGUGGACCUGCAGGAGAGCCCGGUACAGUUACAGUGCCCCCUCACAGCACCCCGGGGCCUCCAGGUGAGCAUCCGCGGAGAAGCAGUGGCGGUGCGCCCUAGAGAAGACGUGCUGUUUGUGGUGCGGCAGGAACAGGGUGAUGUCCUGACCACUAAGUAUCAGGUGGACCUUGGCGAUGGCUUCAAGGCCAUGUAUGUGAACCUCACUCUGACCGGUGAGCCCAUCCGGCACCACUACGAGAAUCCUGGCAUCUACCGUGUGUCUGUCAGGGCUGAGAACAUGGCAGGCCAUGAUGAGGCUGUGCUCUUUGUCCAGGUCAACUCCCCUCUGCAGGCGCUCUACCUCGAGGUAGUCCCUGUCAUUGGCAUCAACCAGGAGGUGAACCUCACAGCCGUGCUGCUGCCCCUGAACCCCAACCUCACCGUCUUCUAUUGGUGGAUUGGCCACAGCCUGCAGCCUCUGCUUUCCCUGGACAAUUCAGUGACCACGCGGUUUACGGAGGCUGGGGAGGUGCGUGUGACGGUGCAGGCUGCCUGUGGGAACUCGGUGCUGCAGGACUCCAGGGUCAUCCGUGUGCUGGCUCAGUUCCAGAUGGUGCCUCUGCAGUUCUCCAGGGACCUGGACACCUUUAACCCCAACACUCCUGAGUGGAGGGAGGACGUGGGGCUGGUGGUCACCCGGCUUCUCUCCAAGGAGACUAGCAUCCCUGAGGAGCUGCUGGUAACCGUGGUAAAGCCAGGACUUCCCACCAUAGCCGAUCUGUAUGUGCUCCUGCCUCCUCCCAGGCCUACAAGGAAGAGGAGCCUCACAAGUGACAAGAGACUGGCCGCUGUGCAGCAGGCACUGAACUCUCAUAGGAUCAGCUUCAUCCUUCGAGGAGGGCUCCGCAUCCUGGUGGACCUGAGGGACACAGAUGCAGGUCCUCAGAGGCCAAGUGGCAGUGGUGGCUACUGGGCUGUGGUGGUCCUCUUUGUCAUCGGGCUCUUUGCGGUGGGAGCGUUCAUCCUCUACAAGUUCAAAAGGAAACGGCCAGGCAGGACGGUGUAUGCCCAGAUGCACAACGAGAAGGAACAGGAGAUGACGAGUCCUGUGAGCCACAGUGAGGAUGCCCAGAGCACCAUGCAGGGCAACCACUCGGGUGUGGUCCUGAGCAUCAACUCCCGUGAGAUGCACAGCUACCUGGUAGGCUGAUGGCACCAGCUGGCCAGGACAUUCUCUUCCUGCUGCCUCCAUAGAGGGUGCAGGACCACAGUGCAGCUGGAAUGACGCCCCCCCUGAGACCCGUGGAAAGGCCAUCUCCUCUAUCUGUCCCCACUCAGAGGACAGACACCUCUCCCUGUCAGCCCCAGCAGGCCCAUGGGAUCCUGGGGCAGCCGACUCAUGACCCACCUGGACACAGGCCUGUGGUGCCACACAAAGUCCCCACUCACCCUUGAUUCUGAUGCAUCACAGUCCUUAGACCUGAACAUGCUGCCCUGGCUGCUCCGACUUGUAAAUGCAGCGCAGGCCUGGCUUCUCCUGCCUGGAGCUGAACCAGCCCAUUCCUGGGGUGAGCCCACAGCCACUCCCAACACCAGACUCGUAGACCUGCUCGGCCCUGGCCCCACAGUCUCCGUCCCUGCAGAGGAGCCCAGAGCCAGGAAGUGUAUGGGCCAGGCCUACUCAGCACCACCCUCCAGGCGCCCACUCUUCCCACUGCAGUGUAAAUACCUGCCUAGGAAGGAGCUAUUUGAGUUUGGGGGCUCUUUCUUUUAGCUUUCUGUUUCCAAGGCCAGGCAAUAGAAGCCAUCUAAGUUCUAUCAGAAUCUCACUCUCAGAACCCCUUUUUCAGGAUGCCCAGGGCUGGGUUUAGAGGGGCAAAGAUCCUCUGGUUUUCCCUCAGGGCAAUGGGGUGGGGUGGGAAGGGGGGGGACAAGAAAGGAAGGGACCCUUACACACAGUUCCUGCUCAUCCAAUAGGAGGUGCCCUUCCACUGCCUCUAGGUUGAUGACUCUGGCUUCCGGCCAGGUCUGGGCUCUAGAAGAGUCCACGGGCCCCAGAAAGGCACAUGAGCUGCAUACAUCAGUCAGGCUUUGAUGCCUUGUGGUUUGAGAGACCCAUGUAGAGCCAACCAGAAGAGGUGUGGGAGAGCAGUGUCUCCUGGUAAAAUGAAGUAGAGGACCCAGCGACUGGGGGCCUUUUCGGGGUCACAGGAAGAAAGCAACAGAGGCGGCCCCAGGGUCAGCUCUCUGCUCCUCCCACGCAGGGUACCCGCUGCCUGCUCCCACUGCCGAGUCAGGGGCCCAGCACAGGUCCAUGCUGUGAGCUGGCACAAUUCACCUUUUGCCUUGAAACUGAAGUCAGUACCCCCUUCCCCUCCCUCCCUCGUCCCUCCCCCCAACUCCAGACUCUUGCUGCCUCACCAGAGCCCAGGCUGGCCUGGAGCAAGGCCCCGGUGUCUCCACACCCUCUGCUGCUGCUUGGCACACCCACCAGCUCUCCCUGGAGAGAGCUACGGCCUGUGGAAGAGGAGAUGUCUAGGGGAGAUACUCCCACAGGACAGCUCCGGAACUGUCUCUGUUAGGGGAUGGGCUGGUGUCCAAAUGUUCAUGUCAUACACAGGACAGCCUAGACCAAGGCAGCUGUGUGGGCACAAAGCUGGUCUGUGGGAAUGUCCCAACUGUACCCCAGCAUCUCCCACUUUCUGCCACUCUCUGGGGCUUGGGGUCCCUCCAGAGGUGACUGCAGGGUGUCCUCCUUGUGAGGAGCUACAAACGGGAACCUAGUACCAGUGAAGGAUAUGACACUUUAAGAUCUCUGCCCCACGUACCUUCUUGCUGUCUCGAAAGAAGCGUUAGCGGAGACCUUCCCCCAUACAUGUCCCCACAGCCCUGUUCCCUAGUGUUACACAGAAGGAGAUGCUCAGGCACCCCAUAGCCCCCACCAGAUCCAAGGUUAGCACAGAAGCCCUGGAUGUAGCCCUCCACGUUAGCUCACCAGCGCCUGGAGUACCAACUGUAGGUCUUUGCCUUCUGUAAGCACUCCGUGUCGCUCUCAAGGACACCUGGGUGGGUUUUUCCCUAGCUACUUGGAAUCCAUGUUACUGUUUCUAUUAGGAACAUUUGGAGUGUGUAGACCCACGAGCCUCCCCGGUUCUCAUCUCCAUAACUGUGGACCGCUCUGCAGGCACAGGGUUUCCCUGCUUAUCAGCUGAGGUGCCAUGCAUUGUACAGCCAGGGGCAAAAGCACCCACAGGCAGCCCAGAUGCUACCAGCUCAGGGGCUCAUGCCACUCUCCACUGGGCCCUGUGCAUACCUGGCGUGUGGGCAUAGCAGAGGU